GUCACCGCCUCUAGUUGACUGGCAAAAAUUUUCUGUGACUUUUACUAUAACCAACAUGGAAAGAAACAUUUUCCUACUGUCAGUCAGUGUUGUGUUGCUUUUAUUGAACAACCUGUCACUUGCCGGUGAAUAUUGUCAGGAUCAGCACAAGGAUUGCGACAACAGUGCUGGCGGAAUAAAACCAAGAAAUUCGCAACAACUUUCGGAUCUGAGCACCGAUUUCGAAGUUGGGUCGCAAAAUUUCUGGACUGACGACUCCCCAUCGCAGACCGGAGUUCGAUGGAAGAUUGAGGACAUUAACUCUUCGUGGGAAUUGGACAAUCCGGCCCCUAAUCCUCCGGCCGGAAGAAAUUACAUACGUGUCGAUCGCGGCGCCACUUUGUCGUUCGGCAUCGCAGUUUUGCGCAGUCCAACAUUACCAAUUCCCGCUUCUAGCAACAACAAUAUUUCCAUAUCUUUUGACUUUUGGAUCCGAUCCAAAUGGCCCCAGUUCACUAAUCUAGAGCUGUAUCUAAAUGAAAACGGAAACGAGAGGCUGCUUGUCAGUUUAUGGAUCUAUUCCGACAUCAACAAUCUAAAUUGGGUUACGUAUCCUGUCAGUUUCUCUCCACUCCGCAGCGGAUCUGAAUUCUCGUUGGCAUUUUACGCGUAUUGCGGCACGGACGUCGUGGAUGCUGUCGCCAUCGACAACAUCCGCUGGACCGAUCCAUCGCAAACGACAAUCGAUAGCACCGUGACGGAAUCGACGACAACGCCGACAGUAGUCCAAGACUGUGGCGGUAACUUUACGGCAACGUUCAACAAUAUUAACUUAACGUCAUCAAGCUAUCCGUAUCUUUACGAAGGAAAUCAAAAUUGUUCCUUCGUCAUCGUUGCGCCAACUCCUCAGGGGAUUGUUCGGCUUAACUUUUAUGACAUUGAUAUACCUUAUCACGACAACCUCAAGGUUUACGACGGAGACACGCCGAAUUCACCAGUGAUAUAUGAAUGGAACGGUGAAACCGAUACAACACAUAGUCAAAUAUUUAAAGCAGUGAUAUUCUGCGAAUCCGGGAAGUGCCUCAUGAAACAACUUUCAGACCAGUCACCGCAAUAUAAUUAUCGUGGUUGGCUUGCAUCUUAUACAGUCUGCGGGGGCUCCUACAUAGCCACAGAGAAACGCACGGCAAUCUCAUCGCCUAAUUAUCCAAACUUUUACUAUAAUUCGGAAGUUUGCUACUACAACAUCACCACUCUCUCGCCAACUGGGAAAAUCACAUUACAAAUCAUUGAUAUCAGCAUGGAGCCUUAUUAUGACUCGCUAUGGGUUAUCGAUGGAAUGACAACGGAAUCGCCUACCUUGUUUAUUGGCAGUCAACUUCCAGCUGUUCCGUAUUUUGUGAAUUCCAGCGGUCCCGGAAUCUUGAUACGACACCGAUCCGACUUUUCAUGGGGUGUUCCGAAACCGUUUAAGGGCUGGUUAGCAACUUUUGAAGAAAUUGUUGAUUAG